AUGGGUGUCGCCUUCUCUUUCCUUCGGCAUGUCUUACGCCCUACGGAACAACUUCAUAACGAGAAGUUAUCCCAGCCGCUGGACCCCAACACAGCACUUGCAGACGAGCUUCGGGGCCAGAAGAUCCAUGUUGAUAUGACCAACAGCUUCUGCAACUGGCCAUCGGGAGCAAGGAAUCCGCACUACGAACGGCUCCAGAUUGAGUGCAAUCGACUUCUUGAAAUCGGCGUUCCUGACCCUGAGCGAUGCAGGAAGUUCAAGAAGAGUGACUUCGCUCUUUUCUCUGUGCUUUGGUGGCCGUAUGCUGACUGGGAGGACCUGUACACUGCCAUGUUGUUCACCGUAGCCCUGUUUGUUUGGGACGACACAAUUGACACAAACGAACACACGCUGGCCUCGAGUUUUGAGGAUGCUGAGAUCUGGCGGAAUGAGUCCCUCGCCUAUUUCAAAUACCACCUUCAGCUGUCCGCACAAGAUCAGGAGCCCUACUGUCCUGAUGACAUCUGUCUGCUGUUCAAGGAAUUUGCGGAGAGGUUCUGCCAGAAUUUCGGCCAAGAGCAACGCUGCCGAAUGUUCUCCAAGAUCGAACACUUCGUUGCCCACAACAAACUCGAGCAGGCAGAGCGCCUGGCUGGUCGGAUCCCCAGCUACGACGAGUACAUGAAUAUCCGUUACGGGGUCACUGGCGUGCGAAUGUUCACACUUCUGCUUGAGAUCACCCAAAAGACGACGCUGCCAGAAUGGGUCAUGGAAUCACCAGAGAUGGCUGAAAUCGUGGAGGAGUGUAAUUUUAUCAUCAUCAUAAUCAACGACAUUCUAUCACUCAAGAAGGAAAUUGCCACGGACUGCGUCGUAAACCUUGUGCCUGUCCUGUACAAGUCCGGCCAGACACUGGAUAGAGUCAUCCCCCAUCUCAUCGAUGAGAUGCACGCAUCUAGAGACCGCCUUGAUCGAGCUGCUGCGAAGCUCCAUGCGAUGACGGCCGGCGACGCACAGCUGAGUCAGGAUGUGAUGACAUUCAUCGACGGUAUUCGGAUAAUGGACACUGGCACCCUGGAGUACUCUAUCAAGGCAAUGAGCGCGAUGGCUGAAGUAGCUCAUGCCCGCGGGCAUAGCAGAGAGCAAAUGAUUAUCCGCCAGAGAGAAAGUGAUUCAAUACGCUUGUUCGAGUGGAAUGAAAGACUGAGCAUUACAUUCGCACGACCUUCACAUGCGCAUGAAGUCUUUGCAUUGUCGAUCAAACCAAGCCCAAUCACGCUGUGA